AUGGCCUCACUGCAGCAAAAUGUAACUCAUCUGGAGCUGCUCGUGGGGAUAUUGAAACAGCAACUUGAUGCCGGAAGGUGGCCGAAUUGUACGGCCCGCAUGCUAAAUAGCGGUAACUUUACGCUCCAGGAAACCCCAGAAUCACAACCCUUCAGUCAAAAUAGUAACGCUCCUGCCUUUUUUCUGCACUGUGCCGGAGACGGAACUGAGAAUAUGACCAGCGUUUAUGCAUCGUUAAUGCAAACAUUGAUUGCAGAUAGCAGACAAGCACUUGUGAGUGGUGGAGGCGCACCGACUAUGGCCAUUGGCAAAAACCAAUUCUCGUCUGCAAAUUUACUGAUCUCCUUCGCAGUAUGUGCCGUAUGUGCGGGCUCGUGGAUGCUUCUAGUCGUGUUGUUAUUGUUGCCCGCAAACAACCAUAAUAGCCGCAAGAAAAUGGUUUUUUUGGGUGUUACGUAUUCGGCUGUCUUCCACACUGUGGUGCUGAGCAAAUCUAUGCACUCAGUUUUUGAAAGCCAAUACAAUGAAAAUUACCAAAAUUCUGCUGAAUUCGAUGCAAAAAUAAUCGACUCCACACUAUUCAACGUAAUGUUCUUUUUCACCACCUUAAUCAGCAACCUCAAUUGGAUGCACAUCGUUUACUACAUGUUCCAUAAUUAUCAAAAGACUAAGAGAAAAUGGGUCCCAAGAAUACUGAGCAACAGAAACAGACAGAUCAUUGCUGUGGGACUAAUUUUGACCUCCACACAGGCUAUUUUGAUGGGGUUGAGACUUUGGGCCAAACAACGCUGUAGCAGUCGUCUUCGGAUAGUGCUGAGAGUGGUUGACUUCAUUAUUUACACCGUCUUUACGUUAUCGGUCUCGUGUUUUGUGUGGCGAAAAUAUGGGUUCACGCUUCGGCCAAAAACGUUCAACCAACACCUGUCGCGGUGGGAACAAAUGAAAUCUUUGUUCUGCGAUUACCAUGAGCUCGUAUUAUUGCUGGCCUAUAAUGCGGGUGUCAUGGCCUUACUAUAUGGGAUCCGGAUUUUCACAAGCGUCACGCCGCAAAAUGUGUGCAAAUGGCUGAGGUGCGUUGUGAUUUUUUUGAAUGUUUUGGUGACCGUUAAUAUAUGGGGUCUUAUUGGAGUCUUAGAGCAACGCGAGAGAACUCUCAGCAAGGAAACAGUUUUGGGAAGAAAAAUUAACAAUCAAGACAGGUUCUUCGUUGAUCCCAAGAUCAACUACGACCGUUUCGACAGCACCGUGACCGAAAACAGCUCGGUCCAUUCCAGGGCUUCCUCCGUGGCGGCCGAUUCGAAACAAAACAGGCCCAAGAAGGGCUUUGAGAUAAUAACCAGACCUGCUCGCGCAUUCAAGUCACGGUUUCGCGGCGGUAAGCGGGAAGACGUUGCGAGUAAUAAUAAAUCGAGCAUUAGGAGCUCGAAAGAUGAUGAAAAUGGAAGUCCUGCAGAUGACACCGGAGAGCAUUGCUGGCCUCAUGAUAACGAGUCUACGGAGACACUGCUGACCAGGAACUACAUUUUCGAUCAUGGUGAAGCAUAA